UCUUGAAACUUUUUUUUUUUUUUCCUUUUCUUCUUUUUCUUGCCUCUGUUCAGCUAUUCUUCAGCUCGUCUAAUACCUUACCCUCCCCCUCCUCAAUCCCGGUCAGGGCCAUUCCGGAGUGGUGCUGAACAUCACCCCAUACCCACUCGUCCCUAUAUCAGCUGCCAGGGAGCUCUCAUCCUUCCAGGAUCCUUUGAGAUCGUGUACCCUCUGACCCCUUGGAGUGACCCAUUGGUAUGUUCACAGCAUAGCCUUUUGCCUGCAGAAGCACAUCUACCAUCCCUUCCCCUCCAUUCGUUCAGACCAUGUGCCAAUGUACCAUGUACUGACAAAGAACCACCAGAUAUAGCAACCUCGGGACCCCUCGUUGGAUACACCAAACGUCAAAGACAAAAAAGAUGUCUUCCACAGCUAUCCCCAAGCGCAUGGCGCUGAACCGCAACCCGGGCACGGAUUCUUCCGUCCCCAGCGUCUCGGUGUCUCCAUUUGACAGCCCUCGUCAUUCUCCGUCCUCAACUUCCCUUUCGUCGCUCGCGUCCGAGUCGGAGAACAAGGGCAAGAUGCUGGACACCUAUGGAAAUGAGUUCAAGAUUCCCGACUACACCAUCAAGCAGAUCCGUGACGCCAUCCCCGCUCACUGCUACGAGCGGAAAGCUCUCACUAGCUUGUACUAUGUCUUCCGUGAUAUUGCCAUGUUGGGAUCCAUCUUCUAUGUCUUCCACAACUAUGUCACGCCGGAGACCGUUCCUUCUUUCCCGGCUCGUGUUGCUCUGUGGACCAUUUACACCGUUGUCCAGGGUCUGAUCGCUACCGGUGUCUGGGUUUUGGCCCACGAGUGCGGUCACCAGGCUUUCUCCCCCUCCAAGGUUCUGAACGACACUGUUGGCUGGAUCUGCCACUCCGCCCUGCUGGUGCCGUAUUUCUCCUGGAAGAUCUCCCACGGUAAGCACCACAAGGCUACCGGUAACAUCGCCCGUGACAUGGUGUUCGUCCCCAAAACCCGCGAUGAGUAUGCUUCCCGCGUCGGCAAGGCCGUUCACGAGCUGAGCGAGUUGAUGGAGGAGACCCCCAUCGCGACUGUCACCAACCUCAUUCUCCAGCAGCUCUUUGGAUGGCCCAUGUACCUCCUGACCAACGUUACCGGUCACAACAACCACGAGCGUCAGCCCGAGGGUCGUGGAAAGGGAAAGCGCAACGGCUACUUCGGCGGCGUCAACCACUUCAACCCUAGCAGCCCUCUGUACGAGGCCAAGGAUGCUAAGCUGAUCGUCCUGAGUGACCUGGGUCUCGCCAUCACCGGAUCCGUCCUCUAUUACAUCGGUUCCACCUAUGGCUGGCUCAACCUCCUGGUGUGGUAUGGAAUUCCUUACCUCUGGGUGAACCACUGGCUGGUUGCCAUCACUUACCUCCAGCACACCGACCCCACUCUCCCUCACUACCAGCCUGAGGUGUGGAACUUCGCUCGUGGAGCCGCGGCCACCAUUGACCGUGACUUCGGCUUCGUUGGCCGUCACAUCUUGCACGGUAUCAUUGAGACCCACGUCCUGCACCACUACGUCAGCACCAUCCCCUUCUACCACGCCGACGAGGCCAGCGAGGCCAUCCAGAAGGUCAUGGGCUCGCACUACCGCACCGAGGCCCACACCGGCUGGACUGGAUUCUUCAAGGCUCUCUGGACCAGCGCCCGUGUCUGCCACUGGGUCGAGCCGACCGAGGGUGCCCAGGGCGAGGGCGAAGGUGUGCUCUUCUACCGUAAUACCAACGGCGUCGGAGUUCCUCCGGCCAAGCUUUCCAAAUAGAUUAUGCGUUUGUCGAUAUAGAACGAGUUUAUCUUGAAAUUUUCCGCGUGGUGCUCGCAGGAUCGAGUGGCCACGAUUUGGACACUCAUCACGUCACGGCAUAGAGCAGCUGCGAGUUAAUUGAAUCAACUUGAAGGCGUAUAUGGGGGCAUGAGAUCUUGGUGAAAUCACGUGGU